GAAGAAGAAGAAGAAGAAGCGGAAGUGAAGCAGGUUUCUUGACGGAUCAGCGGUUAACGGCUUCAACCAGCAGCUAACCAGCAGUUCAACCAGUUUCCAGGAGCACCAGACCGCCGGACUGAAGAGUCACCAUGACAGCCGCUCCCUACAACUACUCCUACAUCUUCAAGUACAUCAUCAUCGGAGAUAUGGGCGUCGGGAAGUCAUGUUUGCUUCAUCAGUUCACAGAGAAGAAAUUCAUGGCUGACUGUCCUCACACCAUCGGCGUGGAGUUUGGGACCAGAAUCAUGGAGGUCCACGGUCAGAAGGUGAAGCUGCAGAUCUGGGACACGGCGGGUCAGGAGCGCUUCAGGGCCGUCACCAGGUCCUACUAUCGGGGGGCCGCGGGGGCCCUCAUGGUCUAUGACAUCACCAGGAGAAGUACCUACAACCACCUGAGCAGCUGGCUGACGGACGCCCGGAACCUGACCAACCCGAACACGGUGAUCAUCCUGAUCGGGAACAAGGCGGACCUGGAGGCUCAGCGGGACGUGACGUACGAAGAGGCCAAGCAGUUCGCCGAGGAGAACGGUCUGCUGUUCCUGGAAGCCAGCGCCAAGACGGGAGAGAACGUAGAGGAGGCGUUCCUGGAGGCGGCCAAGAAGAUCUACCAGAACAUCCAGGACGGUAGUUUGGACCUGAACGCGGCCGAGUCCGGCGUCCAGCACAAGCCGUCGGCACCGCAGGGCGGCCGGCUCAACGCCGACAGCCAGCCGGCCAAGGAGGGCUGCAGCUGCUAGCCUCAGAACCGGACCGGUACCGGACCCGACCCGACCGGCACCGCCACGCAGAGCCACAACCAGUUUCAUCAGAACCCAAAUCACUGAUCCAAUCAGCUUCACUAAAUCAUGUCUCUGAUCCUCCUCUGGUACCAGAACCAGUCCAGCUCCGAGUCCGGACCCGGUCAGAACCCGAACUCGUCUCAGAACAAAAGACCAGACCUCAGUCUGAUCAGAACCACAGCCGGUCGCUAUGGACUCCCAGCUGAACCCAGAAGGUCCUCUUAAAAUCCUAAGACCCGGUCAGGACCGGUACCGGUCCACAAACAUCGGGUUGAGUCUGUCAGACUCCAGGAAUCCACCGGGAAAACAGAACCAGGUCCCAAACCGGGCCAUCCAGAACCCAACAAUCAGAACCGUCUGGAUUUCCUUCCGGGUUUCUUUUGGUUCUGGUCUCGACUCGGAUUUGGCGACUCCAGAUGUUUCUUCAAUUUAAAAAUAAAAAUAAAAAAUAAUCGUCCUGGUUCUGAAAGUCCAACAUCUAGUCGAUAAACCCAGAUACCGGGUCGCUGGUUCUGCUGCAGCACAGAACAGAGAAUAACAAUAAUAAUGAUAGUUAUUAUUAAAAUGUUAAUAAAUAAAACAAUAUUUUAUAAAAGCUGGUUUUAAUCGGACUCUUCCAGAACCAACUAACAGGCCCGGUUCUGCUGUGAGCCCAGAUAACAUCGGAUCAGGAAGAACCAGAACCGGAUCUUUUAUGAAAUGUUUUUAGCCAAAUGUUUCCUGGCAGCGCCGCCCGGUGGCCGGAGUGGAACCAGAAUUUGAGGAGAACUUCCUGUUCACUGAUCGGGUCGUUGGGUCGCUUAAAGACCCGGUUCUGGUUCUCCCAGACGGGCCAAUGUUUACGGUCCGGCUAGUUCUGCAGCUAACCGGACUUCAUCUGAGCCGAUAAAAUUCCUGCCAAAUUCUAGAAAUAAAAACCAGAUGAAUCUUAAAAGUGCGUCUCACAGAUUAGAAUCUGACCUUUGACCUGCUGCAGCUUUUCUGACUGAUUUCAGAUUCAAAUCGCAUCCAGUUUCCCAUGAGGAACCGGUUCAGUUCUGAUCCAUCACUACAUUUUGACCCAGUUCUGAUUCGGUUCUGACUCGUCUGAUCCGGUUCUGGCCCAGCUGAUCCGGUUCUGACCCAGUUCUCAUCCAGCUGAUUGGGUUCUGAGCUGGUUCUGGUGCCUCUCAGGUCCAGCUGUGUGUAUCCGGGGAACUCUGCUGAUUGGUGGACGCUCGGGUCCUCCAUGUUUUUAUAACGCAGUUUCCUCUUCCUCCUCUUCCUCAGUCCUAUCAUCAGAACAAUGAGAUCAUCUUCAUCCUUCUCAGCACUUUAGUUUGUGAAGUUUGUCGGGACCAAAGAGUCGGAAAGUUUCUGGAAAAGUUCUGUUGGUUCUGCCGCCUUAAAGCUUCGCUCACCAAAGGAAAACAGAAGCAUGACAUGACUACACUAACCACGUCCCGCCAGCAGGGGGCGCACAUCGACCGCCGCACUCUGGCUGCAUCAUGAGCUGCACAUUUCUUCUUCUCUGUUUUUGAUUUUCUGUCGGCUAGCGCCUCCAUCGAGCUUCUCAUGAUUCUUUUAUUUAUAUGAAAUUGUUCUGAUUCUUCUUCAGCUGUGACUGUCAUUAAAACGCGGGACUCAGUUUGUAAAUAAAGUAUAAAUACUGUACGUUA